AUAGCAAAGCUCGAAACAUCAACAUUGAAAGAAGCUGGCAUAAUAAUAACUGUACUUUCUGGUUUUUAACAUUUUUUUAAGAUAAAAUGUCUUCUCCGUCCCCUGGGAAAAGACGAAUGGACACGGAUGUUAUAAAACUCAUUGAAAGCAAGCACGAAGUGACUAUUCUUGGUGGAUUAAAUGAAUUUGUUGUGAAGUUUUUUGGGCCAACAGGCACAUUGUACGAGGGUGGUGUAUGGAAAGUUCGUGUUGAUCUGCCAGAUAAAUACCCUUUCAAGUCACCAUCAAUAGGUUUUUUGAACAAGAUUUAUCAUCCAAACAUCGAUGAAGCUUCAGGGACAGUAUGUCUUGAUGUCAUAAACCAGGCCUGGACAGCUCUAUAUGAUCUAUCAAAUAUCUUUGAAUCAUUUCUUCCUCAAUUGUUGGCCUAUCCUAACCCAGUGGAUCCAUUAAAUGGUGAUGCUGCUGCUCUAUAUCUUCAUAAACCAGAACAAUAUAAAGACCGAAUAAAAGAUUACAUCAAGAAGUAUGCGACGGAGGAAGCGUUAAAAGAACAGGAUGAGAUGAGCUCAUCAAGCGAGGAAAGCUCUAUCUCUGAUUUCUCAGAGGACGAGGCGCAAGAUAUGGAAUUAUAGCACAGAAACAGAGCAUUUUAUAUAAAUAAUAAAUUGUACAGAAACUUUCAUAUAUGCUUGCAAGCAAACGAGCCGUGUUGUCUCUGAUCAUAAGGUGCAUGAGGCCGCCACAAACACGAUAAACGUUUUAGUUUCAGAAUAAAUAGGCAAACAAUCGCGCUUGAUUGCAAAGAACAUAAAAAUCACAAUGAGGUUUCUGGCAUAUUUCUUAUGAAAAAUAUUUAUAGAAAACUACUUCCAAGAAAGGUCUCCUUAGGUGUUCGUCAGAUAGAAGAAAAAUUUAAAAAUAUUUCACGUCAAUUUUGUAAACAAAUUUUAUUUUAUGUUUUGCGCAUCGUAUGUAAAUCAGGACUUUUUCGCGGUCUGCAUGAAUAUGUUUUGCAAAGGUGUAGAUUACAAACUCAAAAAAAUGUUAACAAUGAAAAGUCAACCGAGCUUACAUGGGUAUAGAUUUGUCUAGAAAAAUAAAUGCUAAGGAUAAUUUUGAUUCUUUUGUUAGUCUAUGCUUUUUUAUCAGAAUCAAAUGGUAUAGAUAUAGGCUUUAAAAGAGUUUAUAUUAUAUAAGAGAGUUUCAUUAAUAUAUACUAGAAAAUUUGGGGACAAAGCGGUUCGUUUGCUGCCAGUCUUAUUGUAAAUAUUAGGCCAUAUAUAACCCUUUUGUACAUUGCAUUUCAUAUUUCCGACCUUAACCACGAUGUCUUGAUUCCAUGGAUACUAAAAAACACCGGAAAGGAAACUUAGCAUUUUUCAAGAACGAUGAUUUCAAUUAUUUCAAUGGAAUGUUUGAGUCACGAGUCAGCUUUAUUGGACAGCGAGAUCUGAUCUUCAAAGGAAAUUUCCUAUCUGGUGCUUCCAGCGUCCAUUUCCCAUGAUUGCACACAGUGCAUGUAUAUUACAGAUUUAUAUACAUGUAUUGUGUAUUUUCUCCCAGUAUCCAUUGCACGUAGCAAAGUCGUAUAUAUAUACAUAUAUAUAAAUAUUCUCAAUAAUUGAUAUUAUUUAAAUGCAGAUAGGUAAGGCUGCUUAAAUAUUAAAAGUAUAGUAUUAAAACUUUAGGAUGUUGAAAUUGGCGGUUUCUCGUUGUAGUGUAGAUACAUUAUAAGCAAGCAUUUAUGGGGACAAGUUUAGCCUUCAGUUUUGGUAAAAAAGAAUGAAAACUACCAAGCGAAAGUUUCACCGUCUCGUUUUACCGUUUUAUCUUAUGCCAUAAAAGUGCUAUUCCGUGCAAUUUGCAUUUCUCAUGUCAGCGACGCCUAUAUAGGCCUCGUUGUUUGGCCAGCUUGGUAAAAUUCUUCACAGAUGACCAACAAUUUCGAAUGUGCGCAUGUCAAUUGGUGAAACUUUAUUUGUAAGAGCAUGUUAUACGCAGUGAUGACACGCUCUGUUGUUUCGUAACACACAAGUUCGAGGCUGCAUGGCUGGCUUUAGCGUGGCUGCACAAGUCUGCCCUAACAUCUCGUCUCCAUAAAUGCUUUGAGGUGAAGUCUGUGUAAACCAAGGCUAAAUGUUGUUAUACAACCUUAGAGAUUGUUAUUCCUCUAAUAUCAUCAGGAAUGAGCUGAGAACAUUUAGCGUGCACACGUUUAGUGGCUUAAAUCUUGUACAUAGGUAUGGUAUAUGUGUAUUAAUGGUUAUAAUUGUGUUCAAAACGAGAAGUGUUCUGCUAUAUUAGAGAAAUCUUGUAUUAUACUCAAAUAAAAAUUAUUCUUCAUUGA